UUAUAAUCAAUUUACGUGACCAAGUUCGACAUUCUCGUCGCAGUCACUGAAUGCGUAGUUAAAAUGAGCUAAGGAAUUUGCCAAUGCACCGGCUGAAAUCAAUCCCAUGCGCUGAUGAUACGACAAUUACACCGAGGACACCGCUUCUGCAGGACCUUGUCGGAGACUGUAGUGCUCGCAUACAGCUGGGGCAUGUGGGCUGAGCAGUGUAACACAAAGAAUAGGACUUCAAACUCAGCAGCAAAACCCCAGAACUGCAGUGACAACAGCAACAGCUACAAAGCAUGACUACGUGCAACGUGAGUCCGGUGUGUUCUGUGAAUGACACGGUGUCGUGCGGACAAGAGGAUCGAGAGACCUUUAAACGCACGGGAAAGGAGCUCCGUGCUGCUGAGAAGAGUGAUUCUGAGUUAUUAAAUAAACGUGCUAUUAUUAUUAUUAGAAUGAUUCUGUAGAUAGGGCGAAACACACGUUUAUUAUUUAAUGAACUCAUGAAAUAAUAAUAAUAAUAAUAAUAAUAAUAAUAAUAAUAAUAAUAAUAAUGUUUGCAGAAAUGUGAAAUGACUAAAUCAGAACAUUCCAGUAGUGUAAUACGCAGACAGUGUUCAACACAAGGGUUUCAUUGAAAGCGAUUUUUUAAAAAAAUAAUAAAAUAAUAGAACAUAUUUUAUAUGCAUAAGCAUGAAAUUACAACCAAAACAAGAAGGAGGAGUGCAGUAAAUUGUCUUGAAAGCAAGCUUGUGUAAGAACGGUUAAGCAAUGCCUAGCCUGUCCGAUCCGAGGCGUACACGCGUGUUAUUGAUGGGAUGAAUUCAGGUUUCCUGAAGAAGCUGUUGUCGGAUAGAGGUCAGGUGUCUAAAUGACUGACAGGUUGAAGCGGAGCGCUGUGAAACAGGGACUGUUCCCGUGUAUUUAAAGCGCUGUGAAAAGCAUGCACUGUGCAGUACGGCACAGCAAGCGUUUUACUUGGUUCUGUUGCAGACUGGAGCACUCAGCGAGAACUUUGACUCUUACAGACUUACCUGCUUCCAGAUAGGCAGACAAUGCGGAGAAGCCGUUUUAAUCACAACUCGACAGACAGAACGCAUCAAGCCUGCCUUCUUCCUAUGCACCGCACAGCAGGGGCGAUCGAUGACUUUUCUUUUUUGUACUGUGUAGCGGAUGAAAUACAGAUGUGUGGGAAGCUGUGUUGGAUACAUGUGUAAGGACCACUACAUGGGAUUUUGAAUGCUUUUUCCCCACGUUUUCUUCCCCUUAAGAAGUUGGAACCACAGUUGACCACGGCUGGCAUUUAAGCGCCUCAUCAGGUGUGUGCUGUUAUUGUGCUGGCAAGGACGACGCGUUUUCUUUUUUCUUUCUCUUUUCCCUGAUAUUUAAACAACUUUUCAUGGCUGCAAGUGGCGGCGACACGUUUCCAAAUACGCACCGGUUUUGAUGCGGUUUGAGGUUUUCAUUUUAUGAAUGAGACGAGGCGCCUCCAUGGAGCUGUCUGAGGUGAAUGUCAGCUGCCUCGAUUGCUGGUCCCACGGUCCGAAUCAGAGCAGCAUCCCGGUUCACAGACCUUCUCCCGGGGUGACCGCGGCGCUAGCCAGCGUGCUCAUCUUUACCACCGUCGUGGAUAUUCUGGGCAACGUGCUGGUGAUAAUGUCAGUGUUCCGGAACAAGAAACUGAGGAAUGCGGGUAACAUCUUCGUCGUCAGUCUGUCUGUAGCAGACAUCGUGGUGGCAGUAUAUCCUUACCCUCUGGUCCUAAUGGCAAUCUUCCACAAUGGAUGGAAAAUGGGAGACAUUCAUUGCCAGGUCAGCGGCUUCGUAAUGGGGCUCAGCGUCAUUGGAUCGAUCUUCAACAUCACUGCGAUCGCCAUCAACCGUUACUGCUAUAUCUGCCACAGCCUCCAAUACGACCGACUGUACAGCAUGAAGAGUACGUGCUGCUACCUGUGCCUGACGUGGCUUCUUACUGCCAUCGCCACCGUGCCAAACUUCUUUGUAGGGUCCUUGCAGUUCGACCCCCGAGUGUUUUCCUGUACAUUUGCCCAGACGGUCAGCCCCUACUACACAAUAGCAGUGGUAGUAAUCCAUUUUAUAGUACCUCUACUAGUGGUCUCUUUUUGCUACUUGAGGAUUUGGGUCUUGGUCAUUCAGGUUAAAAACCGCGUCAAGCCAGACACGAAGCACAAACUGAAGCCCAGUGACCUGCGCAACUUCCUCACCAUGUUCGUAGUCUUUGUCCUGUUCGCUGUGUGCUGGGCACCCUUGAACUUCAUCGGAUUAGCAGUGGCCAUCGACCCACUGGCGGUCGCGCCAAAUAUCCCAGAGUGGCUCUUUAUCAUGAGCUACUUCAUGGCGUACUUCAACAGCUGCCUCAACGCUGUCAUAUACGGGCUCCUCAACCAAAACUUCCGCAAAGAAUACAAAAGAAUACUGCUAGCGCUGUGCGCCCCGCGGACUCUCUUCAUGGACACGUCCAAGUGUGGGACAGAGGGCAUGAAGAGCAAGCAUUCGCCUGCAGUAACAAACAACAAUCUAGUAGAAAUACACCUGUAAAUGCAUUAUUUUCAUUGAAUUCAUCUCUCAACUUGCUCCUCUUAAGUACAAAGUUCUGUGCAGCUUUAUUAUUACAUAUGUUUUUGUAUUCUUAUUCUUAUUCUUCUUCUUAUAAUUCUUAUCAUCACUGUGUGCCUGUACUGUUUCAUGUUAGCCAUGGUUGAUUCAGCUUGGGUGGUUUUCCACCCCUGUCCUGGCCAAUGGGGGUGGAGGUUCACUGAAAGAGAUUAUGGUCAUUAAAAGUUAAACCCGUUUGGAAUGGUGCUGUUCAUGUAUCUCAAGCUGUUAUCCUGAUGCUUUCUUGCUGAAACUCACAAUGUACUCAAACCCCAACUCUGUACUGCUGCAAUGAAGGAAACCAAGCUUGCGCUAAUACUGUGAGCUUGGGAACACUGUCAUUUGUGCAAUGGCUAACCAUUAGUCAGUAAACCAGUGGGUUUACAAAUAACAUCAUUUGAUAAACCUGGCAAAUGAUGAUCUAAGAUGACUCAGCAAUGGGAAAUGAUAGAGCACACACAAGAUAGGGUGUUUAACAGGUAAGAAAUGAAAUACUACGAGGAUGCAGAGAGUGUGAAGUAUCUCUUUAAGUCUGGCUUAUUCAAUCAGAUUUCAAAACUAAGCAAAACUGGCAGCCACUCUCAAGCUUAGCAUUUCCUGCCCCUCUAAGGGUUAGCGCUGCUUCGUUUGAAACUGUGAUCUGCCUGCUACAAUCAGCCUGCAGACAGUUUGUUUCUCGUGAGAUGCGAAUUGAAAGCUCUUUUAGAUAUCAUCCAGGAUACUCAUUAACAGCCUUCCCCUUGUUUAAUGUGAAGGAUGCAUUUUCUCCAUACAAAAGGGGACAGAAACUGUACAUAGUGUACACUGGGCACAUUGCAUGCACUCUAAAAGCAGUGUCAAAUUAUCAUGCUCAUGGACAAGGAAAAAACAUUUGCAUUGUAAUUAUAACACAUGUACACUCACGUUAAAUUAACAGAUCACAAGCCCCUCAAAUGUUUUUUUUUUUUAACGGUUAACUGGAUUUGAAUCCAUGGCUUGAUGUCUGUCAUAGGACUCUAUUCAGCAGCUGCGGUGUGAUACUCUAUUUGCAGAGUUCAGGGUAUUAGCUGUGGAGGCUGCUUCAGUGAUCAUGAAUCUUGCCCAUUUGUAUUCAUCCUUUCAUCUGAUAUUGAAGAUGCUUGCAUGCUGGUUUCCUUUCUGUAUUGAACAGUAACCGAUAAGAUAGCUAAUUUAAUAAUUGCCUGCAACAUUUCGGUUUCUGGGCUUUUUCAGACAGUAUCGAGUAAAUUAAGCUUACUGAUUUCAUCUAGACUGGCAUUGUUUUUUUACAACGUUAAGCUUUCUAAAUGAAGUGCAUUGCCUCUUUAUCUAAACGGUGAGUUAUCUAUCACUUGCUUUGCGUCUUUACACAUUUAUAUGCAGGCUCUCACCCUGUCGGAUCCAAGCUCUUCUUGCAAAGUGUUGGUUGCUAUUUUUCUGUAGGUACGAAUAAGUAUAAAACUGUAGUCUGAUGAUGUUGCAAAGAUUUAAAAACCCUUUCUUACUUCUCAUUAGCAAAACAACUUUCUUGACCCCCAGUUUUUCCCCUUUUUGUCUGUGAUUGAAUGCAGUGUCUGCUUACUGUCCCAAAACUGCCGGUCUUGUGAUCCCAAAUGAUGCCUGCUGAAUUCCAAUGUACAGUAAAGGGAGUUUAGAGUUUCAGAAGGGAGUCCUAAUGUGUGCUGCACAGGGCGUAGAUGCUAAGUUCAAUUGAUUUAAAGUGAUAAUGGAUAUGCAAGGAAACUGUUAUGCAAAUGGAAGGUAAUGAAAUGUUUUUUCUGAAGACCUGCUUAUUACUCCAUUAUGGUAAGUGAGCCUACGUUGCACUACUCUCUUAACAGAAUGGCUGUUGCUUGACUCACUUUAAAUGCACGUGCAAGCUCUGGGAAAAGAAGCCAGAUUAUUGUGGGUUACUAAUUGUAAUUACAAUGACUUUCAGUUAAAUGCCACAUACAACAGGUGCAUAGUUGCAAUUGACACAUGGAAUUUAUAUAAAAUUGAGUCUGUUCUUUUUUUUAAGUUACAGUAAAAACAAACCCAUCCUUUGAGGUACAGUUUCAUAAUGGACUUGAUCAUACAAGGGUGACUUGUAGUACCUUUCCUGCACACUAGGGGUGUAACGAUACACUAAUCUCACAAUACGAUACUCAUCACGAUAAGCAGGUUGAGAUACAAUAUGUAUUACGAUACAUGUGAUGGUCCAGAUGGGCUACUUGUAUGAUGCAUAGUAAGAGCAAUUAUUAAUUUAAUGAUGGACCAUAUGGAGAGAAAUGGAGAGUAUGUAUCUAUACCAUAUAUAUAUAAUACACACAGAUUCUUCAUUCAAGAGCCGUAGGUGAUCUACAGUGAGCUGUGCUGUUGUGCUUUUGGUCUUGUAUCACGAUACAGACGACACAGACCUCUAUAAUGAUACGAUACUUAAUGUAAAGCAAGGAUCACGCUCUUCGCUACACACAGCUGGUACUGCUAUUGCACGGGGAUGUUUGAUUUCUGUCGGUGUAAAAUAAAAGAUCAGUUAAUACUUCCUUCAUAAAUGACUGACGCACACUUCUCUUUUAAAACAGCGACAUUUCUUAUGCAUAUUUUAAACUGUUUUGUUUGGAUGUUGUCUUUUAAAAGCUGCUUCAAGUACAAAUAUUGAUACAUCUGAAUAUGCUAAAAUAAUUUACUGAAUGUGCUGUUCAAUGACUUUCAAAAUAUUGUAUUAAACCACCUAUUAUUGUACGUGCUUUUUCUACUAUAUGACAAGGUGAACUUUGACAUUUUCAUUGUUUCUGCCUUAUGAUAUACAAUCUCGGUGUGAAUUACUGCUUAUUGUACUUAAUAACGUUUGUAUUUUUUUUUUUUUAAGACUCAGUAAUAAAAAUAAAAUUGUGCCAAAUAUAAAAGUUUCUCUUUUUUGUUUGUUUGAUGAUUUUGUUUCUAAAUGUCAAAUA